AUGUCCGAAUAUUCGGUUCCCCAGGAGUCGGCACGAGUUUUACGGGACAAGAUCCUGGGCCAUCCAUGCCACAAAGAUCUUCCGAUUGCAGCUCAGAAAUACGUCGACUUUGUCAAGUUCAGCGGCCAAGAUGCUCAGCUUUUUCUCAUGUCCGCCGUCAUCAUCGAGGGUGUCGCAGAUCCCCGACUACGUGAGGUUAUUAGCAACCUUGUUCGACAUCUCCAUGCGUUCUGUCGUGAGAGUAGAGUGACACGCCCCGAAUUUCAAGCAGCACUGAAAGUGUUGGCUCGGGCAGGCCAGAUGACGGACGACACACGAGAUGAAGUGCUGCUCCUUACGGACGUAUUGGGAUCCGAAGCACUGAUUGACGACAUCACGCGGGUUGUUGAAAGAGAUACAGCUACUGUUACCGCUCACAUGGGUGACUCGAUCGUCCAUGGUUUUGACGAGGCUGCACAUGCGUACCUGCAUGGCUCGAUAGUGGAUUCGGAGACUGGCAAGCCCAUCUCUGGCGCAGAGCUGGAUGUCUGGGAAGCAGCACCCAACGGGCUGUACGAGCAGCAGGAUCCUGAUCAGCCUGACAUGAGCCUGCGAGGUAUCUUCAGGACCGGCGAAGAUGGGAAGUACUCUCUGUACUGCCUUCGACCAACAACGUACCCCAUCCCGGACGACGGUCCAGCUGGAGAUCUCCUGAAACUUCUCGAUCGACAUCCGAUGAGGGCCGCACAUAUCCACUUCAUGUUAAAGGCGCCAGGGUACAAGACCCUGGUGACUGAACUUUUCGAUCGAGAGGAUAAAUACGUGAAUAACGAUUCUAUGUUCGCUGUGAAGCCGAGCCUUAUCGUGGACUUUGUGCCCCGAGCAGAUGAUCCCAAGGCGCAGUACACGGCCCAGUUCACGUUCAGGGCAAACGAAAGUUAG